UGAGUCACAGCCCAGGGGAAGGCGGAAAAUAGGAGGCGGGGGAGAGGGGCGGGACAGAGUCCCCCCCAUGGCCCUGCUUUUCCAAAGGCUUCUGCCCAUUUGACAGAUGGGGAGACUGAGGCCCGGAGAGUGGCAGGGCCUUGUCCCGGGCUGAACAGUGCAAACAGGGUGACCAAAAGGAGAGGGGCUGGCCAGGCAGGAGGUGGGCAGGAGGCCCCUGGCCCCCCACUCCUCCUUGACAGGGUCAGCUUGAGUGGGCAGGGAGGAGUGUCAGGCAGUGGCCUGGUUUCCCCCAGUUACUCGCUGCGAGGGCCGAGCCACGUCCUAGGGGUUCCACAGGGCAGGAAGGGGUCUGUCCUGCAGAGUCACCGCCCCACCCCACCAGGGCACGCCCACGGCCCUGAUGACCCUGGCCAGGUCCCUGGUCUUGGCCUUACCCCUUCCUCCUGACUCAGAGCCCCCCAGGAGAACUGGGCCCGACCAGGAGGCAGGAGAGAAGGUUAGGGAGACCGAGGGUCUAGGCAGGGAUGGAUGGCCAUGCUGGUUGGAUAUUGGCUCUUGGGUCAGUUGCCCUGGGUUUGAGGUGAGGUGCAGCCAUGGGGCCCUGGGACUCCCUGAGCCUGAGCCUCGUUUUCUCACCUCUGCGGUGGAGACAGUGCUGCCUCUGGGACUGCUGGGCGCUCAGCCAGGGCAGCGCACGGUGGAUGCCUUAUGUCACUGCUGUGGUCUCCUAGAGAGAGCAUGGGCAGAAUCCCGGGCUCAGAUUCAUUAGGAAACAACUUGUGUCAGGCAUUUAUUGAGCACCUUCUGUGUGCUCCCACGCCACUUCAAAUUGUCCUUUGGACGGGCACUCCCCUCUCUUGUAAAGCUGGGAGGGGGGCCGGUGUUCAUCUCUGAAGCACCCAGUCGGGUUUCGCCAACGUCCUCUCACUUUGAUGAUGCAGAACCAACCACGGACCAUCCUGGUCUCGGCGCGGAAGAUGGCCGGCGGCGUGGACGGCCCCAUCGGGAUCCCGUUCCCCGACCACAGCAGCGACAUUCUGAGCGGACUCAACGAGCAGCGGACGCAGGGCCUGCUGUGCGACGUGGUGAUCCUGGUGGAGGGCCGUGAGUUCCCCACGCACCGCUCGGUGCUGGCUGCCUGCAGCCAGUACUUCAAGAAGCUGUUCACGUCGGGCGCCGUGGUGGACCAGCAGAACGUGUACGAGAUCGACUUCGUCAGCGCUGAGGCGCUCACAGCCCUCAUGGAUUUCGCCUACACGGCCACGCUCACCGUCAGCACAGCCAACGUGGGCGACAUCCUCAGUGCCGCCCGCCUGCUCGAGAUCCCCGCCGUGAGCCACGUCUGCGCCGACCUCCUCGACCGGCAGAUCCUGGCGGCCGAUGCGGGUGCCGAUGCCGGCCAGCUGGACCUCGUAGAUCAAAUUGAUCAGCGAAACCUCCUUCGCGCCAAGGAGUACCUCGAGUUCUUCCAGAGCAACCCCAUGAACAGCCUGCCCGCCGCCGCCGCCGCCUCAUUCCCAUGGUCCGCCUUUGGCGCAUCCGACGAUGACCUGGACGCCACCAAGGAGGCCGUGGCCGCUGCCGUGGCCGCCGUGGCCGCCGGCGACUGCAAUGGCUUGGACUUCUACGGGCCCGGCCCCCCAGCCGAGCGGCCCCCGGCCGGGGAUGGGGAUGAGGGAGAUAGCAACCCAGGUCUGUGGCCGGAGCGGGAUGACGACGCCCCCGCUGGGGGCCUCUUCCCGCCCCCCGUGGCCCAGCCGUCCACCGCCACGCAGAACGGCCACUACGGCCGGGGCGGGGAGGAGGAAGCAGCCUCGCUGUCAGAGGCGGCCCCGGAGCCGGGCGACUCUCCGGGCUUCCUGUCAGGCACGGCCGAGGGCGAGGACGGGGACGGGGCCGACGCGGACGGGCUGGCGGCCAGCACGCUGCUGCAGCAGAUGAUGUCGUCGGUGGGCCGGGCGGGAGCGGCGACAGCGGGGGACAGCGACGAGGAGUCACGGGCGGAUGACAAGGGCGUCGUGGACUACUACCUGAAGUACUUCAGCGGCGCCCACGACGGCGACGUCUACCCGGCCUGGUCGCAGAAGGUGGAGAAGAAGAUCCGGGCUAAGGCCUUCCAGAAGUGCCCCAUCUGCGAGAAGGUCAUCCAGGGCGCCGGCAAGCUGCCGCGGCACAUCCGGACCCACACGGGCGAGAAGCCUUACGAGUGUAACAUCUGCAAGGUCCGAUUCACCAGGUGAGCUGGCGCCACCGCGGU